UCAAGUGGAAAAGACGCUUUACUUAAACAUAGUGUCGGGAAAUUUCACAUAAAAAAGUGGAGACGAUCUCAAGUAAACAAGUCUCAAUGAUGGAAACUUUUGCUAUAUCCGGAUCAAGGCAAAAACAAUUGGAGGCAUCAAUUAAAGAAGGGGAAAUACGCCUUUCAGCAUUCGUAGCAGAGCACAACCUGCCUUUCUUGGUCAUGGAGCAUCUGCCGAAAUUAAUUAUGAACAUUUGUCCCGACUCGAAAAUUGCUCAAGGAUUGGCAUGCAGCAGAACUAAAACAACAGCUAUUGUGAAGUACGUUACUGGUAACGAGGGUUUUCUUCAGGUUUGUGAAGAUUUACGAAAUAAGAAAUUUUCCCUUAUCGUGGAUGAAUCAACGGAUCGGAGCACAAUAAAACACUUAUGCUUAGUUGUAAGGUAUUUAAAAGAUGACGUUAUUCAAGAUAGUUUUUUUGGUCUUGUUAAAUUAAGGGUUUCUGAUGCAACUACCUUAUAUAAUCACAUUGCUGAAAUGUUUAACCACAAUAAUAUUCCCUACAAAAAUAAUUUGAUAGGGUUUGCAUCCGAUGGAGCUAAUGUUAUGAUGGGAAGUCACCAUUCUUUGAUGACACUAUUAAAAAAUGAUAUACCUAACUUAUAUAUUAUAAAAUGUAUAUGCCAUUCGUUUCACUUGUGCGCAUCAUAUGCGUGUCACAAAUUACCUAGGUACGUCGAAGAUCUCUGCCGCGAUAUUUACAAUUAUUUUAAUUCUAGCCCAAAAAGAGUUUGUGAAUUCAGCCAAUUUCAGCAAUUUUGCAAUAUAAAAACCCACAAAAUUCUACAUCCAUCGCAAACCAGAUGGCUUUCAGUUCAUGGUGUGGUAAUUCGAAUCUUAGAACAGUACGCUGCUCUGAAACUAUAUUUUACUGAUGCUGUCAACAGUAAUGAUGUCCUUGCUGCAAAUAAUAUACUGCAGAAAUUGAAUGAUCCAGUUUCAAAAUUAUUUCUAGAAUUUUUGGAUUAUGUGUUGCCUCUAUUCAAUAUUUUAAAUAUAGAAAUGCAAUCCGAGUCCCCAAAAUUGCAUGUUUUGUAUGAUAAUGUUUGCCUGGUUUUGAAAACAAUUUAUGAUUGCUUCCUUCAAAGAAAUUAUAUAACAACCACUUCAAUCGAAAAUAUUGAUUUUAAAAAUCCAAGAAAUUAUUUAGCUAUAGAAAACAUGUAUUUUGGAGCAAAAGUCGUCGCUUCAAUGACGCGACUGAACCUUACAGAUGAACAGAUUAAAUUUUUUCGACUACGUUGUUUGGAUUUUUACAUUGAAGGUUGCACCCAAAUUACUGCUAGAUUUCCUCUUAAAAACAACUCUAUAAAAAAAUUUCGUUUUUUGAACCCAACCGUUGUCAAAAGUGGGACUAUACAUACAAUUACAGAUGUUGCCUUGUUAUUUCCUAAUCUUAUAACUGAUCGCGAGCUUCAAAGUUUAGAUUCCGAAUGGAGACUAUUAAGAAAUAAUCAAGAAAUACAAUCAUUUAGCAAUGAUGUGCAAGUUUUCUGGCAAAAUAUUAAAACUAUUACUCUAGGCGAUAAAACACUUGUUUUUCCAGUGUUGUCUCGUUUUGUUGAGAAUAUCUUGUGUCUGCCUCAUUCUUCAGCUAAUGUGGAAAGAAUAUUUUCGUCAAUAAAUUUGUUAAAAACGAAACAAAGAAAUAAACUGAGCUCUGAAACAAUUACUGGCUUACUUUUAACUAAACAAUUAAUUGGAAAAAAUUACUGUUACGAUUUUCCUGUAAAAGAUAAUUUAAUUUCAAAAAUAACAAACAGUGUGUUAAAAAACAUACAAACGGAAGAUAUUGAAUAAUAAU